CUGAAGAAAGGAGAGGAGAGGAGAGGAGAAGCUAUGACCCGGAGAUCUGCAGCCUGCUUGCGGUGUUGCUUGGUGAUCUUUGCGGUGGUCUCUGCGCUCUGUGUGUGUGGGCCCGCUCUCUACUUCAAGCUCAACAAGCGCUUUAAAUUGACAGGGGUUUCGGCUUCUUGUCCUCCGUGCAACUGCAAAUGCGCUCCUCCGCANCUUGUUCUGAUUCAGCUGAAAUUUACUGAAAUGUUCAUUGUAGGUUUGGCUAAUCUUUCUGUUACAGACUGUGGGAAAGAUGAUCCAGACGUAAAGGAAGAAAUGGAAAAGCAGAUCGUGGACUUAUUAUCUGAAGAGCUAAAGCUGCAAGAAACCGUUAGCGAAGAGCACUCCCAACACAUGAACAUCACUUUAGGAGAAGCCAAAAGGUUGGCUUCCCAAUACCAAAGGGAGGCUGAGAAAUGCAAUGCCGCCACUGAAACCUGUGAGGGUGCCAGGGAAAAGUCGGUGGUGCUGUUGACUCGAGAGAAGAAGAUAACGGCUCUGUGGGAAAAGAGGGCUCGACUACUUGGUUGGGAAGGUGAAUAA